ACCAAGAUGCCCAAUAUAAUCAGCGUCCGGCCCGCACACCUGUACAGAAUACUGUUGGUCGUCGCGACGAUGCUCGGCAUAAUAUACUACAUCCUCCUCGCGUGGCCCGCCGCGGCCACGAUCAACACGAAGAUGCGCGACGACUUCGCGCACAUGUCCGAGGUCGACGACCUCUACACCUACUACACGGAAGGCGGCAUCCACCAGGGUCUCGAGGCGACCGGCGACGUCUUCACUCUCAACAAGAAGGACAUAUUUCUCGUCAGCGGCGCGCUGCACUACUACCGCGUGCCACGCGCAUACUGGCGCGACCGGCUGAGCAAGCUCAAGUCGGCGGGCCUGAACGCCGUCGAGACGUACGUCGCGUGGAACCUGCACGAGGCGCGCCGCGGCGAGUACGACUUCUCGGGAGAACUCGACCUCCUCCACUUCUUCGACGUCGCGAAGGAGGUGGGGCUGUUCGUCAUCGUGCGUCCGGGUCCGUACAUCUGCACCGAGUGGGACUUCGGCGGGCUGCCCGCGUGGCUGCUUCGCGACCCCGACAUGCGCGUGCGCACGACGUACGCGCCAUUCAUGGCCGCCGUCGAGCGAUACUUCGGCCGCCUGCUGCCGCUCGUGCGACGACACAACUUCCAGACGGGUGGCGCCGUUAUCGCCUACCAGGUGGAGAACGAGUACGGUUGGUUCGCGGCCGACGCAGCGUACAUGGACGCCGUCGCCGCGGUGAUGCGAGCGAACGACGUCGGGGAGCUGCUGUUCACGUCGGACGCAGCGGUCAACCUCGCCGGUCACGGAACGAUGCGGGACGUGCUGGCGACGAUCAACCUGCAGUCUAAUCCCACGGUGCAGCUACAGAUGCUGAAGGGCGCCUCCGUCAACUACUACAUGUUCUUCGGCGGAACCAACUUCGGCUUCAUGAACGGCGCGAACGGCGCAUUGAUCCCGCCAUACUACCAGCCGACGAUCACCAGCUACGACUACGACGCGCUGCUCACAGAGUCCGGUGACGUCACACCGAAGUACAUCCACGCCGUCGACGUGAUGCGACGUCACGUGCCGGGCUUCCCCGCCACGCUGCCGCCGCUGCCACCGAAGACGCAGUAUGCGCUCUACGGCAAGGUGACGAUGACGAGCUACCUGACGCUUGACCGACUCCUCGAGCUCGCUCCUAUGGAGAUGCACACGACGCCCGUCUCCAUGGAGAUGCUCAACUGCAACAACGACUCGGGUCAGGGCCACGGCUUCACGCUCUACCGGAAGCGCUUCGAGACGAGUGGCGGCGGCACGGUGCAGCUACGAGGCCGCGUCGCCGACCGAGCCGUCAUCAAGCUCUACAACUCCGCCUACCAGUUCAAGAUGCUCGCCGACUGGCUCGACGAAGACUUCGAGUUCAUCGUGCCGGACUCACGGAAGUCGCGCAUGGUUACUCCGUCAUCGUUCACGCUCGACGUGCUCGUCGAGAACAUGGGCCGCGUGAACUUCCAGUCGUUCCAGUCGGGGCCAAGCUGGCUGUGGUUGGACCGGCAGCGCAAGGGUCUCCUCGACGACGUCCUCUACAAUGACGUUGCGCUGCGCGACUGGCAGAUCUUCCCGCUGCAGUUCGACGCCGAGUUCAUGGAAGGCCUCGCCAAGGAGACGAUGUUCAGCCUCGAUCAGUCGGCGAUCGAAGGGAACGGCCUCGAGGGACCGGCGAUGUUCAGGGGGCAUUUGAACAUCGAGGGUGCUCCCCGGGACACGUUUAUCAGGUUGGAGGGCUGGGUCAAGGGGUCGGUGUUUGUGAACAACGUGAACAUCGGAAGGUACUGGGAGGAGAAGGGACCGCAGAAGACGCUCUAUGUUCCGGCGCCUUUCCUGAAAGAAGGCGAGAACGUCAUCUUGGUUUAG